AUGGCAGUGGCAUGUGGUAUUCCUAUCCCGGUGGGAUUCAAGCCAUUUCUUCGCCACAGGCGGCAACACCGAGGCAGCUUCAGCGUCAACAGCCAGGGCGGCAUCGUGAUCGCCCGCCCGCUGGACUGUGAGACAACGGCCGAGUACACGCUGAACGUGUCCGCCACGGACGGACACCACGUGGUCUUCACGCCGCUGCGGAUCACAGUGCUGGACGUGAACGACCGGGAUCCGGCGUUCGAGCGCGCCCUGUACGCCGUGAACGUGUCGGAGGCGGCCGAGCCGGGUGACCGGCUACUGACGGUGAGCGCCGCCGACCCGGACGGCGAGGCGCUGCUCUACUACGGACUGGAGGCGGCGCAGAGCGACCGCUCUCUCCGUCUGUUCAGCAUCGACCCCAUGACCGGCCAGGUCACCGUGGCCGGACGACUGGACAGGGAGACGGAGCACGAGCACGUGCUGACGGUGUCGGUGCGGGACCAGGGCACGCCGGCGCGCCGUGACUACGCCCGCCUGCUGGUGCACGUGCAGGACGAGAACGACCAUCGCCCGCAGUUCCUCAGCGACCUGGUGGUGGGCCAGGUGCACGAGACGGCGCCGGUCGGCUGGCAAGUGGUCACCGUGCUGGCCACCGACCGCGACCACGGCCAGAACGCCCGCAUCACCUACUCCAUACUGUCAGGUAACGUGGACAACGCGUUCGCGGUGGACCCGGUGCUGGGCACCAUCUCGGUGGCCACCGGGCUGGACCAGCGGCGCGCCAGCGAGUACAUCCUAACGGUGCGCGCCAGCGACGCCGGCCGGCCGCCGCUGCACGGCGACGUCCACGUCAACGUGCUCGUCACGCUGCCCGACAACGCGCCGCCCCGCUUCGAGAAGGCAGAGUACGGCGCUGAGGCAGAGUACGGCGAUGAGGUGGAGGAGGACAGGCCCCAGGGCUCCCACGUGCUGGACGUGGUGGCCCACUGCCGGACUUCAGUGACCUACCGUCUGGUGGGAGGCAAUGAGGACGGCUCGUUCCUGCUGAACCCUGGCGCCGGGGUGCUCACCGUCAGCGAGAGACUCGACUACGAGCGCCGCACCUGGUACAACCUGUCCAUACAAGCCGUCAGCAUGGUGGGCGAGGUGGCCCACACGAGCGUCAUCGUGCACGUGCUGGACGUGAACGACAACCGUCCGCGGCUGGCGCGGCCACGUGCCCUGAGGACCGCCGGCGCGCUGGACCACGAGAGCCGGUCCCAGCUGGAGUUCACGGUGGACGCGGCCAGGCCGGCCCGCGUCACCGUCGCCGUGUUCGACGUCAACGAUGAGCCGCCCCGCUUCGCGCACGCGCAGUACAACUUCACCGUGCUGACGCCCAGCUACGACGGCGUGGAGGUCGGCACCGUGCAGGCCUCCGACCCGGACACGCAGAACAUCAGGUAA